AUGGCUGAUCUGCAUGCACUACGGGAUGAGCUGCUAGGGCAGCUCUGCAGGCGGUGUGCCGGAUGUGACAGGCAUGAUGCCAACGGGGAGGGUGGCGGAACUCAGGAUGAACCGGUGAAGGAGCCGGUGCGUGUGAAGUCCCCGGAGGAAAUUGCCCGCGACUACAUCAACGCGGAAACCGGGGGCUGGCAGAGCCACUGCAAGGCACGGAAGAUACUAACCUGCUCCUUUCCCCCCAUCUCCGUUAUCCCCCUGCCUUACUCUCUGCCUGGCAGAGCCACUGCAAGGCACGGAAGAUACUAA